AUGGCGUCACGGGGCCGGCAGGAGACUUCUAAGUUGAUUGGGAACUUGGAGGAGCAGAUGGACAGACUCAUGUGUCAGCUCACUGACCUUGAGGAACUUAAGGAGGACCUGGAUGCGGAUGAAUACGAGGACACGAAACGCGACACGAUAGAGCAGCUGAAGGAGUUCAAGGAGUCCCUGGACAGGAUGGUGGGAGGAGACAUCAGUCUGGUGGACGAGCUCAACAGCAUGCAGCUGGCCAUACAAGCAGCCAUUUCGGAGGCAUUCAAGACCCCUGAGGUGAUCCGAAUGUUUGCCAAGAAGCAGCCAGGGCAGCUGAGACAGAGACUCUCUGAGAUCAGUAGAGAUGAGAAGAUAGGCAAGAUCCCGCACAGCCAGGCGGUGGGUCAGUCGGUGGAGAUCCUGACGGCGCUCAAGAAGCUGGGAGAGACCCUCACACCCGAGGAGGAGGCGUAUCUACAGGCCAACUCCAGCACCAGUCUCAGGCAGUUUGAACAAGUCUCCGGCAACCUGGCUUCUGGAGACAAAGUGUUGGCGGUCGCAGGAAGUCAGGUGCAGCAAGCAAACAAGUGA